CUUAGCCGUUGCCGCCAGUUGGAUCCGGCAUCACGGAGGUGGCUGACUUUGGUUAAAGUCCUCGGUGAUGUCUGCACCGAAAUGCAACUACUGUGGAGGUAUGUUAAGACUUUGGCUGAAAAGCUUUGUCCAUUCAUCUCCCUUUGUUACUGGCUCCAUCCCUCCUCCACCUCCAGUGCCUCCUUCACUAGCCGCCCAUCGACUCCUCAAAGUCUACCCCGCGUCCUCGCAUGGCUUGAAUGGCUUGAAUGGCAUGCAUCGCUGGGCGUGUUUCUGGUUGUGGCAAGUAUGGCUCUUUGCUCUGAAUUCACCCGAGUACCUCGUGAGUUCGGGCCCACUUGUCCCCCGGGCCCCAGGUUUUGGACGACCACAUUCUCCGCCUUCCAGCACGCCACAUACACACCAUACUGGACAAAAUGGAAUACAUCACGGCUGUUGUACGAUAGUCUCAGCUCUCGUACUCCUUCCAAGAGAACACGAGGAAAAAACAAGUCUCAAAACGUCCGUCGCAUCGCGUAGGCGGUAUGUGGUAUCGGUUAUGGUAUCGCAUCCUCGAUUGGCCCCCAGUG